GCGAAAUAUUUCUUGGCCAUGGCGGGUGUAGUGAUUUCGGGCGCCCCGGCAGCGCUGGAGGCGGCGGCGGCGGCAGCAGCGAUCUCGCCGUUUUCGUGCACACUGGAGGUCCAGUACGCGAGCGAGGAUUCGGCGCGGCUUGUGAUGGCGGUGCUGGCCGUGGACGCGGAGCUUCAGCCCGACAAAGUGAAGCGAGCAAUCUCGGCCAGAGGUGAGCGUCUGGUGGUCGCAUUCUCCGCCACAGAGGCCAGAUUCCUGAGAGCGUCGUUGAGUGCUUUCAUGGAUAUUCUCACCCUGGCGACCAAAACUAUAGAAGAAUUUGGCGCUGUGCCUUGUCGCUAGUGCUGGAAGCCUUUCGCUCCUCCUUCCUGUGUCUGUGGAGGAUAUGUGGCCGGCCGGCCACUCCCAACACGUUUUCGUGUGGAUUUCUUUCUCGACCAAACAUACUUAUAUCUUC